AUGGCUGACGUUAUAGAUUCUGAUGAUGUCGAUGUAUUUUCAGAAACUGAUAAAAGUAGUGAUGAAGAAAGAGAAUUACAAAUAAUCAACGUAAAAUCAUUUGUUCUUGUCCAGUUUAAUACAAAAAAGACGUCAAAAUAUUACGUUGCAAAAGUCACAGAAACUUUAGACUAUGAUGAAUACAUAGUAACCUUUUUACGACGACAUGGACAGAGCUUCUCGUAUCCACAAAUUCCGGAUUGUGCCACAAUUUCGAAGCAGGACGUGGUUCUCCACCUCCCUCAACCGAAAACCUCUGGUGGAACUAAUAGAACAGCCAAUUUAUUAGCCUUUAGCAUCGACUUGACUGCAUACAAUAUUUGUUAA